UUGACGGCAGGGCGUGGCGAGGUGAGGAGCCGAGCGGUGCGGAGCGUGGCGCAGCGUGGCGGUGCGUGGCGGUGCGGUGAGGCCCGGGCGAGCGGUGCGGUGCGGAGCGUAGCGGAGCGGGUGGUUCGCCGCAGUGAGAGACUAGGGGACAGGCCGGGCCGGCCAGCCACAGAGCGAGCGUGCGUGCGUGCGUGCGUGCGGCCGAGCGUGUGCGAGCAAGCGAGCGCGCGGGUCGUGCGCGAGUGACGUGAGUGCAGUGGUGGUGCAGUGUGGUAGUGAAGUGGCGGGCCGAGCUCAACGCCCCCCCAACCCCGUCAAGCAUGCGUGUGGCUAGUUGCCUAUGACUGCUCCUGCCGGGUCCACGAGUGUUAAGCAAUUAUGAAUGAGUUGGAAAGCCUACGGCAGGAAGCUGAAACAUUAAAAAAUGCCAUCCGAGAUGCAAGAAAGCAAGCAUGCGACACUACAUUGGUCCAGGCUACCAGCACAAUGGAGCCUAUCGGCCGAAUACAAAUGCGCACUCGGCGCACCCUUCGAGGUCACCUUGCCAAGAUUUAUGCCAUGCAUUGGGGCUCAGACUCUAGGAACCUAGUCUCUGCUUCUCAAGAUGGCAAGCUUAUAGUAUGGGACAGUUACACCACUAACAAAGUGCAUGCUAUUCCUCUUCGCUCAAGUUGGGUUAUGACAUGCGCCUAUGCACCAUCUGGGUUUUUUGUAGCCUGUGGUGGUCUUGACAACAUUUGCUCUAUUUACAGCCUGAAAACAAGAGAAGGAAAUGUACGAGUGAGCCGAGAACUCCCUGGACACACAGGUUAUUUGUCAUGCUGUCGCUUUUUAGAUGACAACCAAAUUGUUACAAGCUCUGGAGAUAUGUCUUGUGCACUAUGGGACAUAGAAACCGGCCAACAGUAUACAUCAUUCAUUGGUCACACAGGUGACGUAAUGUCACUUUCACUCUCACCAGACAUGCGAACAUUUGUUUCAGGAGCAUGUGAUGCCUCAGCAAAGCUGUGGGAUAUUCGGGAAGGUUCCUGCAAACAAACUUUCCCUGGUCAUGAAUCUGAUAUCAAUGCAGUUACGUUCUUCCCGAAUGGUUACGCAUUUGCCACAGGCUCAGAUGACGCAACUUGCCGUUUGUUUGAUAUCCGUUCAGAUCAAGAACUAGCCAUGUAUUCACACGACAACAUCAUUUGUGGUAUUACAUCUGUUGCAUUCUCUAAGUCAGGACGCCUCCUAUUGGCUGGAUAUGAUGAUUUCAACUGCAAUGUGUGGGAUUCUAUGAAGACAGAACGAGCGGGUAUCCUUGCUGGCCACGACAACAGAGUUAGCUGCUUGGGUGUAACAGAAGAUGGCAUGGCAGUUGCCACCGGCUCAUGGGAUAGCUUCCUCCGUAUUUGGAACUAAGCCCAGUUUGACAGUCCAAUGACCGCCAUACAGCUGUCAUCAUCACAGAAAAGGGGCACCACCAGCACAAGCCAAGGCACCGCAAAACUAUGGCAUCUUUCAGUUGCACAGCCGCCAGAACCAAGCAUCAGGCGACAUGUGUUUCAGAUGCCGUUGCUGCUGCUGCAUCAGUUUUUAUUGAUUUGUGGAUCGGUUAAGGGGUGGGGAAAACUUCCCCUUGAAUUUUAGCUUUUAGUUUUUAUCGUUACAUGAAGAAUGGACAAUAUUGUUUCCUUUGAUGUUAAAAUGAAAUGUGUGUGCAUGGCUAUUGCCUUCCACUCUGGAUCAUAUGAACAAGUCUUCAGUCGUUUUUAUAUGUAUCUUCACUGGCACAAAAUGUCAUUAUCUUACAAAUUUUUGCCAAAUGUUUUCUGCUCUUUAAUUUUCAAUGUUUGGGGCUUCUUGAAGCCAUUUUUACAAUUAGCACAAAUCACUUUUCAUCUGUAUCUCACAGGGAGUGGAUGAACAGAAACUUGUUUAUGAGAAUGCAUUUACUUGCAGUAUUUUUAGUUUUAAACUUAAAGCAUAGUUGAAACAAAGAUUUGUAAGGACCAGUAAUUGUUUUGUUGGACAAGUUUAUGAACUUUGUUAGAGAAGUGCCCUAAUUUAGUCUGCUUGCAUGCUGGAAGGCGGUGAUUUUGGUUGUCCCCACACCCUGGGCCUCGAGCCUGGUUUUUGCCAACUAUAUCACUCAAAUUGAGUGUUAUUACCUACUCAAUUGCCAAUUGACACUGACGGCAUUUUUUAAUCGCCUCAUUUGAGAAACUAGCUGGUCCUCGGGUUGCCUCUGACAACAAGACCAUGUUGUCUCUGCCGCGUCUCAGCCGUUUUCGCCGCUGUUUUCAAAACUCAGGUAACUGAGUCAGGGGGGCUGGGACCAUUACAAGCUGAGCAGGCUGAAAAGAGUGACCAACCCGAUCCUCUGGUUCCACUCUUUUAAUCAAAAGUCAAAGGUGGAUGUUGGAACAAAUAGCACAUGGAUAAGUCAGUUUCGUAAUUUUGUAUUGGUUUGGAAGUCUGUGUUAACUUUUUUUUUCCUUGUAACAUAGAUCAUAGAAUCUUUCCACGUCCUUGUUUUCAUUUCUGUACAACAAGAACUUAAGUGUAAUGGGAAAAAAAGAAUACUGCCAACAUUAAUUUUAUGUGACUGUACCAAACAUAUAGACCUUACCCUUUUAAAAAAAAGUAAACAUAAUGUAAUGGAAGUUUGUGGAAGUAUGAGAGUGGUUUGAUUUCUUUUUAACUUUAUUUUUCAAUUUUGAGAAAUGUGUGAGCAACUUCCAAAGGGCUGUAAAUAUGCAUUUAAAGCUUUGUAGGGAAAAAAGAAAUCUCUAGUGUAUGAAAGGAAUGCAGUUCUGAUAAAAAGUCAGUUGCGUGAAAUUGAAACAGUAAAUUAUGGGAUGUUGCACCUUUCUAAACUGCCAAUGAUUAUCAUUUUGUUUCAUACUGGUAUUGUCACUACACUUUAAUUUAAAAUUGUCAUUGUCUUUUAACUUCUACCUUUGUAGUGACAACUUUGCUGUUUAAAGGACUCUUCAAAAUUAAUUUUAUGCCUUAAUGCUGCAAACUCAUUUUUUUAUUCUUUCACCUUCCCCACCCCAUUUGUAUCACUUUUAUUUUCCUCCCCCAUUUUAAGUUUGAUUGUUUUGGGGAUGUAUCUCCUUUUAAUGCUGUGUGGUUACCCUUACAGCCUGCCUCCAUAUCUGGUGCACAGCGGGACACAGUCAUAACAUAAAGCAUUUUGUACUUUAUUUAUGAGGUUGGUGGCUGAUUUGUUAUAAAUAAAAGCAGUAUGUGUAAAUAAUUUGAAUGAAAAGAUGCCAUGGAAAGUUUUUUUUUUCCUCUCACAAAUGCAUUUCAAUAUUUAGGUUUCCUCUUGAAUGUGCAUUUGUGUGAAUGAACAAUGUGAGUCAUGUAUGUGAGUGUAUGUGAUGAGUGUAUUGCGUGAAUGUUGUCUUCAAGUGCAGAGUGUGCAGGCUAUGUAAAGUUAAUUUAAUUAUGUGUGUAAUUGCCUGACUGGUUUCAGCAGACCAGGAAGCCGAUGUUGGGUAGCAUCUUUGCUGCUCAGAUUAUAUUUAUCAUUUCUCAUAAAUGUCAAAAACAUUGUCUCCUCUCCAAAAAUCACCAAAUGAACUUCUUUUCUGUUUUUAUUGUAUGAUUCCUUUUUUUAUUUAUCAUCUUCCCAUCCCCAUUAAUUGAAGGAAAGGAGAUCUGUAGAGGAACAUUCUGCACUGAUGUUUGCUUUUGCCACUGCCUGUGGGUUGUGUUGGCGUGAGAAAGGUCAGUGUGGCACAUAGCGCCUGGAUGUUUGUAUGUGUUUGCUAAGUGCUAAUACAGCUCCACCAAGCUUCAAUUUCUCUUGCUAAGUACGAUAAUUUGAAUGAAGUACCUAAGGGCUGACCAUCAAUGAAAUAUCAUUAUGCUAAAUAUCCCAACCAGAAUGUAAGCGUGGUGCAAUUCGAGAAAAUCGCAAAAAAAUCUAUAUACAGAAUGCUAUAGCACACAUUCUUGUUGACUGGCUGGCCGCGAGGUAGAGACGAAAGGUGUUAACCGAAGUAGAGAGAGAUCAAUGUGGUGGCACCAAGACCUGUCUCCACAUAUGGGCUCAGGAUUUCUUUCUGCUUCUGUUUCUGACCACCACUUCUUUUACCGUGCUUGCCUGCAAUAGACCUCCAGAUUUCUGACAAAAGUUGUAAAUAUAGUAAACACUACACUUUUCUCGCAACUCUGGAGGUCAUGCAGUCAGAGAGAACCAAUUAAUGUUUGUAUAAAGUGUGUAUUCUGUCCUCUCAAUAUAAUUUAUUUUAAAAAUGGAAUAUUUCUACUGUUCUUAUUAACAUGGUACUGUACUGUAUCUUGAUUUUGAACAAUACACAAACAUGGUUAAGUACAGUCUAACUGUGUGUAGCUAGAUAGUCCUUUCUAUGAAAUGAUUUGAAAUGAUUGUGAAUACGAGCUGACAUCAUUUUUUUAAAAGGAAAAAACCCGUAUAAAUGUAGUCAAAAUGUGUGGAAAUACUGAGUUAAGGAAACUGGAAGUUUGAAUAACCGACAACACACCCUGCUGUUUCCUUAAAAUCACGUGAAUUCUUUGGUAGAAUGUAGCGUUUAUUGUAUCUUUUGAUUGGCAGAGGAGCGUCUGUCAUGGAAAAUAAGUUACGAAGUUGGGUUGGAACAAAUUGUGUAGAGGUCUGUUCUGCUACUUAGACAUAUUAUCCAGUCCUUACCACAAAAAAGGUCUGAAUUUCAACUCUACACAGUUUGUGCCUGAUUGAAAUUCACAAAAUUCUUUCCUGUUCACUAUUCCAUAGAUAUUUGAAGGAGAUGUCCUUCUCUCCUAAAAUGUCACAUUUUCAGCUGUUAAGUUGUGUAAUGAUAAGCAUCAAUGGGUGAGUUGAGUCAGAACUAUCCAUACCUACCUACAUAAAAAUUACUAAAGUAGUGUUAUUUUGUUCCUUUUUGUAUCUACGAGAAUGUAAAAAACAAAAAAACACCAUUGCUGUUAGCUUACGAAAGUUGUGUUUUGUGGUCUGUCUUGUAAAGUAACAUUAAAAAAAUCUCAUUUGUCCAAAUAAAGCUACUUGUCUUUA